UACGGUUUUGAGGUUUAUGGAGAUCAAUGUCUUACUGAAGAUCCUUAUAAACAUGGUCCUAGGGUCGUGGAGUUACUACAGAACAUGGAAUUUCCUAAAUUGGAUGGCGAUCCCUUGAUUGACGCUAUUAUUGAUAAAUAUUGACAUCAUAAAUAUGUCACGGUUGCAGAAUUAGCUGCGCACACGAAGACACUAUUAAACAAAAGAACCAAUGCGAUGGAAAGAUACAAAAGCAGAGACGAAAGCAGAAAAGAAAGCAACAAAGUAGUAACCUUUGUCGCAACAAUGUUCAAUGAACAAUGGUGUAUGGUCAUGAGUCGCAUAAUUAAUAGAAUAUAUUAUGGCCUUGGAAAGUUGUGGAGGUUGUUAUCACUGCAUUUCCGCAGCGAGACAGCAAUAACUGAGCGAACAGGUUGCGAUCAUGGUAAUGAAAUAGAUCAAAACUACUUGGAGAAGGAAUGUUCUUCGGAAAGGAAAUUUUGCCAGGACCUGGAAAAACGGGGGCUUCUUCGCAUGCUUUCUUCAGGUGAGCCUGAGCAGAUUGGAUUCACUUUUAAAUGGUAUAGACACAGUCUCUAAAGU